GCUGCUUCGGCAAACAAUCAGUUCCCGGUAACGUGUGCUGAUUGCCACAGCAUUUUUGAAUAUAUAAUGAUAUAAUGCAAAGUUUCCACUUUCUUCCGACAUUGAAAACGCUUUUAAGCUGAAUAAGCGCGGUCAUAGCGUGCCGAACCUUUACAAGUGGUGCACAUGUUGCUUAAUGCGCAGCAUAAACAAUACCGGCGAAUGAUUCUUGUUGCAACGUAUUUAUGCGCCGACUGUUGACUGGAUGUGUAUAUAAUGAACAAAACCCUUUCCGGGUCAGUAUUGUUGUGACAAGUUGACAAAGUGGCGGUUCUUGGAUGUCUUUAUCUAGCGGCUCAAAGCUGUGGCGACAAGAAUCCGACUCCCUCGUGCAGCGCCACCACAACAUGACGGCCAAUACUAAAUCGCCGGGACUGACGAGCAAUCUGCUGCUGGCCGCCUUCUCCACCACCGUGGGCACCUGGUACUUUCUCGGUGUUGUCAUCACCAACAUCAACGCGCCGCAGGACGUCAUCGUCAAAUGGAUCCGCUCCGUGGAAUGCCAGCGACGGAACUAUACGCAUGCCCUGGACAGUGACCUUUGGUGUCACACCGCGUACUACAACCAGACGCGGCAACUCCUCAAGGAGAACCUGACCCUCAACUCGCUGUGGGCCAUGAUCGGCAGCUCCUUAGUCAUCGCCUGCUUUAUCUCCAUCUGGCUGGCCAACCUCAUGAUCUCCCGGCUGGGCAUGAAAGUGACCUUUUACAUUUGUAAUGCGGUGGUGGCGGUGGGUGUCGUGAUCUGUGGAUGCUGUGUGGCGGCGCAGAGUCACGAGAUGUUCAUCGUCGGGCGGUUUGUGAUUGGGAUUGGACUGGGUGUCUCCUUGCCCGCGUGCAAUAUCUACGUCGCCGAAAUCAGUCCGGUGCGGUUGCGCGGCGCGGUGUGCACGAUCCCGUGCUUUUUGUACGGCGCCGGCAUGUUAACAGCAGCUAUUCUGGGUUUACCGCAGAUACUGGGUGGUGAAGACACUUGGACAGGAUUGUCGUGGUUUUUGUUCGUUCCGAUUAUCUUGCACUUUAUCUCACUGCCAUUUUGCCCGGAAAGUCCGCGGUUUUUGCUGCUACUCAGGAAAGAUAGCCAUAGUGGAGAAAAGGCGCUGCAGUGGUUGCGCAAAAGGUCAGAUGUCGGCGAGGAAAUCCAGUUGAUUGAGAACGAAGGCCACGCCGCGGCGAAACAGCCGAUCGUUUCGGUGAUUGGUCUGUUUCGCGACAGCUUUUUACGGAGGAAUAUCUUCAUCUGUAUGGCGAUUAUGGUUGACCAGCGCUUUACCGGCUACACUGCGGUCUAUACGUACUCCACGGCCAUUUUCUCCAGCGCCGGACUGGCACGUUUGGACGCUAUGUACGGAACGAUCGGGUUGAUGGUGUUGCAGAUUGUAUCUAAUGUGGUAGGCAUGGUGCUGAUGGACAGAAUCGGUCGACGGAAAUUAUUCAUUGCGGGGAAUAUCGGAUGUGCGGUGACGAUGAUCAUGUUAACGGUGUUUUCGUCGCUGGUCAAGAGUGCCCUUUGCCGGCAGUGCCAGUGGGGCGGCUUGGCAUCGGUGUUGGUCUUCAUUAUCCUGUUUGGCAUUGGACCGGCAUCGGUGCGGGUGCUGACCACAGAAAUGUUCGAUAAAUCUUCGAGGUCAUCGGCAAUGAUUGUGGUCAGUGCGUGCUGUCAUGCAGCAGGCGGGACGGUGGCGGCGGUGUUUCCGCUCAUGCUGGCCACGAUGGAUGAAUAUUCGUUCCUGAUGUUUGCAGGAAUUAUGGCCGCCUUUACGGUGUUCUUCUGGUGGGCGAUUGUGGAAACAAAAGGAAAGACUUUCAGCGAAAUUCAGGAAAUUUUGUGGCAGAAAUACAACAAGCACAGUUGACGGGACAAAAAGUGUUAUUAAGCGAUUUAUGCGCGCCUAUAGCACAUCCCCGAAUGUCAGGGCAAGUUUGCUUUAUUAAAUUUGUUAGUUCUGCGUGCUUAAUUCGAGGUUGUACAAAUUAUUUCAUUUGAUACACCGAUGUGUAAUCAUGUAGCGGAUAAAGUUAUUAGCCUUUAUACCAACUUUUCAACAUCUCUGAUAUGCAUAUCUUUAAUUGCCCGUAACUAAAUAAAUUUCAGUUACGUUAUUAGGACCUGGUUGUUCGCACAUUUCGAAAGUAAACCACCCAAGCGAUAUUUCAAAGGAUUAAGAAAAAAAUCGCACAUUUAAGCACAUUAAAUCCUGAAUCGGUCUUGGAAUCUUGAAUUUUAACAGUACUCGUUUAAAUGUGAAGUGUCCUGCUUGGCGUUGUGGU